UUUGUCAACGCGCUACAGCACUUUCGUCGCAUUGUUCAGGGCAAGUUCAAUUAUUCAUACCAAAUAUUACCAAUUCUUUGCUGCGAUUCGUGGAGGCGCGUGUCGUUUGAUUGGCAUGCGACCGGGUAUAUAAGACCGUUUAUGGAAGCGUGAGAACGAACUUAUCACUUAACUUGUGAAAGACAAAAAAGAAGAAAAUUUUCCCCUAGCAAAUCUGCAACCUCCCAACAUGUCGUCAAAGGCCAAAAUUUUUGGAUGAAGUUACGUAUGAGUCAAAAAGAAAAAUUCCUCUGGAUCUUAUAUGACGAAAACUCCAAAAUGUAGACCUAAAAGGUGAUUCCAAACUUUUGAAACUUUAUCGAAGCUGCAGUGACGGUUUGAAAAAAUGCCACGAUCAUUUCUAGUCAAGAAGGUAAAAUGUGAUGAGGAUCGUCAACCGAACCAGUACCGAAUCAGGGACGUCUUCGAGGAGUCCGUGGCGAGUUUUAAGGCGGCUACACCCUUCACCCCGAUGGUUCAACCCCUGUCGGUCCGCAUCAGCAACGGUUACAUUCAAGACGUCGUUGUUCCAACACUGCCACAAAACUCAGCCACAGUAUUACAUGAUGCAGAAUCGAGAAACAGGUAUGAAGAAAAUCCUCUUGAAGAAACUCCCUCUCCCGAACUAGUUCCUGAGAAGAACUCGGAGGUUGAAGUUCGGACAUCUCUUCCUAGUAUGCAUACUGUUGGCUAUACGUACGAUGCGUUUUUCGUCAGUGAUGGGAGAGCAAGAAAGAACGCGUUUGGGAUUCUGACCAAAACCCAGAAACAAAGAUAUACCUGCAACGAAUGCGGAAAAGAUUAUGCCACAUCAUCGAAUCUUUCACGUCACAAGCAAACACAUCGAAGUCUGGAAAGCCACUCAGCCAAGAAAUGUCCACACUGUGACAAGGUUUAUGUGAGCAUGCCUGCUUUAUCCAUGCACAUUCUUACUCACGAACUCAAACACAAGUGCGACAUUUGCGGUAAAGCGUUUUCAAGACCAUGGCUUCUUCAGGGUCACAGAAGGUCUCACACCGGCGAAAAACCCUUCGGAUGCGCGCAUUGUGGUAAAGCUUUUGCUGACAGAUCAAACCUUCGAGCACAUAUGCAAACCCAUUCAGCAUUCAAACACUAUAAAUGCAAGAGAUGUGACAAAUCUUUUGCUCUGAAAUCGUACCUGAACAAGCAUUAUGAGUCGGCGUGUAUAAAAGACGGGACCGAAUCCGAGACGGGCUCCUUAGUAUCCGAGCUAUCUACAAUCUCGGAGAUAUCUUGCUAUUCCGACUCAUAAGAUGUUGUACAUUGUACACUUUAAGACUUGUCACGAUUCUGAAGAAUUUCAACCCUUGUGCCAACAUGACAAUUCCUGAAAAUGGCAUGUGUAAUUUCCUGUUUACCUUUUUCGUGGCAGAUUGACUUCAAGAUUUUCAUAUCAAGAUAAACUAGAUCCUAUUUUCGUAGAAUUUUUAUAGUAUUUUACACUGUUCUCUUUCGAUAUCAUCACCAUUGUGUCUUCGUGUUGCAAACUGUUGUUGCUCUACCUAAAGAUUUGCAGAAGAAAUCAAGCAAUAUAAUUUUUGAUAUAUGCACAUCACUUUCUAGAUUUAUGUAUUUUUGAAAAAAAAAAUUAAGUCAGUGGUGAUUUAUUAUUUUGCCUUAUAGAUAUGUAAUUGCUUUAAUUUCUGUACAUUUUCACACUGUAGAGGUGUUCGAACAACAUUUGCUGUUGUCUGUAGUGCUUUUGUCGUUUUGGCUUCGCUUUGGGCUCAAAGCAUUCAUGAGUUAUCUAGUCCCUAUUAACUCUAGUCAGUCACGAGGAACAAACGUUUCUUCGUUGACCCGUUAACAUCUAUGAUAAUUCAGAGUCGAAUAUGUAAGUAAAACAUCAAAAAUGGCGACUUUUUUGUGCGUAACUAUAAUUGUUAGAGCGUCUGUGUGCAUCUGAGUUGUAGAAUGAUAUUAAUUUUGUAUUGCAUUCUAGCUCUCGUCAUGGUUGUGAAUUUGUAGAUACUUGACUUCGUACAUGCUGUUGUUUGCUUCGGCAGCUUUAAAAUUAAUUUUAUUUUAUUAUCAUUAGAAAUAUUUUAUUUCAAACAGGUGCGGAAUUUUUACAUAUUUGUGUGUUUAAUUUUUACAACAAUAGUUCUCUUUUAAAUAUUUUUAUUGAUUAUGAUGACCUUGUAUAUUAAUUACAUUUCCAACUUAACAUUUAACUCCUAUUUGUUAUUUCUUCUUUUCCUCUAUCCUAACUGGAGGAUUUGUUUUUCUGGAACAUGUGCAAUAUUGCCGCUAUCAGUAUUACCUUUG